AAACACAAAUACGAUGAAUGAAACGCCUCACGAGCUCGAUCGAGGGCUUUCCAAACCCUACGGCUGGAAGAACCGGAUCGAAGGAGAAAUCCCCACGAAAAGAGGGAGAAGAGAGGGGAAACGGGAUCGAGAUCAAGCUUGGCGUUCAAUGGAGAGGACGAGGAGAUCGGUCGGACUCGCGGAGGUCUUCUUGAUCCUCGGGCUCCUUGCGACCGUACCCUGCCGUCUCUCCGCUCUGUCCGUCACUGUCAACGACGUGGAGUGCGUCUACGAGUUCGUCCUCUACGAAGGCGAUACCGUCUCGGGCAAUUUCGUUGUCGUGGAUCACGAUAUCUUUUGGAGCUCCGAUCACCCUGGCAUCGAUCUUGUCGUGACAUCACCAGCUGGUAACACUGUGCAUUCCUUGAAGGGAACUUCUGGUGACAAGUUUGAGUUCAAGGCUCCAAGAGGUGGAAUGUACAAGUUCUGCUUUCAUAAUCCAAACAGAACACCAGAGACUGUCUCCUUUUACAUUCAUGUAGGCCAUAUUCCAAACGAACAUGACCUAGCCAAAGAUGAGCAUCUAAACCCAAUUAAUGUGAAAAUUGCGGAGCUUAGAGAAGCAUUGGAGUCUGUCACAGCAGAACAACGUUAUCUAAAAGCACGUGAAGCUCGUCAUCGCCACACAAAUGAGAGCACCAGAAGGCGCCUUACCGUCUACACAUUGACCGAGUACUUGGUGCUGGCUUGUGCAAGUGGGCUUCAGGUUGUGUACAUCCGACGCUUGUUCAACAAAUCAGUGGCAUACAACAGGGUGUAGACUUCGACCUCAGUCUUAGUUGCCGGUCUUGUUCUAGGGCUUGUCCCAGAGGGUCCAUAUCUAUCUUUCUUUUAGAAGUGAGUAGUGAGAAACUGAUGGUACAUUCCAUUGUAUUCUCUAAGACCGAACUAAUUAUAUCAUAUGGUUUAUCGUUUCUGUUCUCUUGUA